CAGUGCGCGUGCAUGCAUAUGCUACAGCAAUGUAAAGUCGGCUCUUGGGCGCGUGCACGCGUUGUUAUUAUAAAGGAUUAUUAUUAUUAUUAUUAUUAUUAUUAUUAUUAUUAGUGCUGCUGUUGUUGUUGUGCGGGUUAUUUUUCUUCUUCCUUUCCUCGGCGCGUCUCUCGCCGGGAUGGAAAAAAGUCCACUUCGGUUUUUGCGUGAAGCUCCAAAAAUCUAUGAAAUGUGUUUGCAUGUUGCUCUCGGCGGAGCGGGGACGGGGGGGUGGGGGGGCGCGAGGCGACGACGGCUUGGAGGAGCCCACGCGCGCGCGUCCGUUCCGACCCAAUCCUAGCACCGUUACCGUUUCCUCUCUCUCUCUCUCUCUCUCUCUCUGGCUUUCCUUAAUACAGUAAACAAAGUGCGUGUGUGAGUGAGUGCGUGCGUGCGUGCGUGUGUGUGCGCGCGCGCGCAUGUGUGCGUGUGUGUGUGUGAGAGAGUGUGAGUGUGUGUAUGCGCGCGCGUCUCUCUCUCUCUCUCUCUCUCUCUCUCUCUCUCCUUCUCCUCUCUCUCUCUGUGUGUGUGUGCGCAUUUGUUUGUUUGUUUGUUUGUUUGUUUCAAUUUUUAUUUUGACUUUUUUAUCCUCUAUUUUUCAAAAGCAAGCUCGGACCUUAAUCUCAGGUCUCGAAGUUGUAAAGCUUCUUAAAAUGUGUGCGAACACGGCGUACUGUCAGUUGUAGGAGAGCACCGUGAGGCCGACUCUCCACCUCUGCUAGCAUCAAUCCUAGCCGUGCACCAACCAGUGAGAACAUUGCUGCCCUUUGCCUUCACCCUCCAUUCCUCCUCCCCUCCUCCUCCCUCUCCCUCCCCCUCGAGCUGUGGGCCAUGUCUGCCAGUGGGGGGUUGAUGGAGGGAAACCAAGCUAGAGAGGACGAGGAUGCUCGGGACAGCUGCUGCGCUGAUGAAGAUUCGUCACCUGUGGUGGAGAGAAGGAACCGGAGCGGGAUCAUCAGCACACCGCUCAGCAAGAGCCUCAAACACUCCCGAGCGCUCUCUCAGUACAUCGCCACAUGCUCUGCCGCAGCUGCAGUUGCUAAUGCUAACGCUAACAGACUUGCCCAGAGCUCCUUAGUACCCACAGGGAUUAAGACUCAUUCGGUAGACGCCCAGCACAGAGGUCAGGUGGGACUUACCAAACUGGACAGGGGAGCACUGGUUUCUAGCCUUCUGGACUCUCCGAGCGGUUUGCAUCUGGCCCAGGCAGCUGAGCUCUUACGACGAGCUAGCAUGCUACUUCCUGUCUCUGACUCCUCCAGCCUUGGUGUGGGCGGAGACAUGGAGGCAGUCUCAGCCUCUGAUUCGCUUGGGAGUGUGACGGACUUUCCGUUGUUGAGCAAUGGUGGCGGAGUCGCAGGCACUUUCCCGUUCCACCCGGGCCUCUUCAUCAUGACGCCAGCUGGAGUGUUCCUGGCUGAUGGGGCACUGUCGCAGGUGACAGGAGCUUCUGAGCAGCAGCAAGCGCACAGUGAGAUGGCAGCGGCUGCCAGCGCCAAUGCCAAGAAGAAACGCAAACGCUGCGGUUUGUGCCCACCUUGCAGGCGCAGGAUCAACUGCGAGCAGUGCAGUAGCUGCCGUAACCGCAAGACCGGCCACCAGAUCUGCAAGUUCAGGAAGUGUGAAGAGCUCAAGAAGAAACCAGCUGGCGGUCUAGAGAAGGUGAUGCUGCCCACCGGAGCUCCUUUCCGCUGGUUCCAGUAGAACGACGGCCAACCGGACUCCCCGGCGAGCUCAAAUUAACAAACUGCCAAUCACGCGCAAUGCCAACGCCCACUCGGACUGCUGCUGGCUUAUAAACACUGGCCACAAAUAACAAAACGACUAAACAAACAGCCUCUACGAACCGAGAGGAAAAAAAGAAGGCACUAAACGAGGACGAAGCUAGUUCUUCUGAACCAAAAAUAGACUGCCAGAGCAGUGUGACACUGCUUUGGGUGUUUUUUUUUGUUUGUUUGUUUGUUUGUUCGUUCAUCCAUUGUUCUGAAUGUUCCAAUCGGGAACGGUUCGACUUCUUAUUGUGGAGUCGUGUCCUUCGUUGGGAACUCUGGACCGCCAAACAGAAGAUGUACAAUCAUUUUAUUUUCUGUGUUUUUUGUGUUUUGUCCAUGUGUGGAGGAAUGCUGUAUUUGCAUUAGAGAAUGUAAACUCGAGACUCUGUGUUAAAGCUAGUUAUUAAUCCAGAGCACUAUUGUACAGUUAGCACCGACGUUCUUACUGACUGCUUGAGUUGAGUAUAUUUGGAUUUGGCUUUUUUAUUUUAUUUUUUUUGGGGAGGGAGGGAAUAGUUUGUCAUAAAAAACAACAAAACUGAUUUUCAGAUUGAUGUUUGAUAUCAAACCAGAUGAAAAGACAGAAAUCAUGAUGAUGAUGUAGCAUCCCUUUUGGCAAACAUACAAACUAAAAAAAAAAGAUCUACCGUUUUUUUUUUUUUGUAUUGUGAAACAGAAUCAAUGUAGUUCUGCACUGACGUCAUUCAAGGACGGCUGAGACAAACGGAAAAAAAGAGCACGAACACCAGCCGGCAGCGUUUACAGAUCAGAUUACUUUCCACGUCAGGUUGUUGCUCGACCGGAUUCUGAUUGGUCAAACGGAAAUCACUAACACACCAGAGAUCUCAAAACAAAAAAAUCUAGAGGUUCUUAUCAUACUCAAGCACAUCAGAAAGCUAUCUGUACUUUUCUUUUACCUAGCUUGCGAGAUUCCAAGUGAGAUUAAAAAAGCUCAAGGACAAAAGACAUCCCUCCCUCCUGCACCAUAACCACAUGGUGGAGGCCAUCUUGGAUGGCUGACCACAAUCCGAUUAAUCAGUCACGCUGGUGGUGUUCUGUUCUGAUUUUUGUCUUGAAGCCUAGCAAGAAAAGGACGAAGCCCAGGUCCCUAAAGUGUCUGAAGGUGUUUGGUGCGGCAUCCGUGUCUCCACAGCCAUCAUCCUGAGGGCUGCGUUUGUAAACUGAAUAAACAAAUGCAUGUAUCUGUGUUAGAAAGCGACAGCUCUGAGGUUUCAGCUUUCCUCAGCUUUGGAAUAAAUAGAAAUACCAACCAA